ACGGUCUCUUUGACCGUUGUCACCCGGAUGAGUUAGUUCGUCGUUCAUUUCUUAACAUUCACGGUUCAAGGUGAUUAUCCGAUUAUAAAAAGUUUUUUUUAUCACUUCAUAAGCCGCUUGGUGCUUAUGAAGCAAUUGCUUUGUUAGAAUUAAAUUUUAUACUUCGGAAUAUCAGUAAUCAAUAAUUAGCGUUAUGGACGGUGAAAAUAAACCGGAUACCACAAAUCCGUCGCAGGAAAACAGCAAUGAAAAUAAUCAACGGCCAGGACAAAACCAAGGUGGCGGAGGUGGAGGCGGUGGAAACCGUGGUGGAGGACGUGGUAGAAAAGGCUCUAGAUUUUCUAGUGGCCGUGGAGGUGGUGGUCAAAGAAAUAAUAAUGAUAUGCAGAUGAAAAUGAGUGAUUCCAUGAUGGAUGAUCAAAAUAUGCAAGAUAACAUGGGAGGAGCAGGCUUAAUGGGUGCUGGGCCCCAAGAUCAUGAUGGUGGUGGUGGUGGUGGCGGCGGUGGCGGUGGUAGAGGAGGUGGCGGACGCGGCGGUGGUGGUGGUCGCGGAGGCGGACGAGGUGGUCGUGGCGGAGGCGGUGGUGGUGACAGAAACAUGGGAAACCGAUCACAAGAAGACCGCUUAAUGGAAAGAAUAAUGAGUCUCAAUGGUCCAACCCACGAUCUUCCACCCCAAGAUACUGCUGAGAAAAAAUUCAGUGGCCGCAAUCGACUCUACGUUGGAAACCUCACCAAUGAUAUCUCUGAAGAAGAAAUUAAAAAUAUGUUCAGUCCUUACGGUGAAAUAUCAGAGCUCUUCGUCAAUAAAGAGAAGAAUUUCGCUUUUCUGAGAAUGGAUUACAGAAUAAACGCCGAAAAAGCGAAGCACGAAUUAGAUGGAACAAUGCGUAAAGGCCGUCCAAUUAGAGUAAGAUUCUCUCCUCACUCUUCAGCUAUAAAAGUAAAAAAUCUAACGCCUUGGGUGUCCAACGAGCUUUUGGAGAAGUCAUUCAGUGUUUUUGGCGAAAUAGAGCGGGCGAUUGUAAUCGUUGAUGACAGAGGAAAGAGCAUGGGUGAAGGAAUUGUCGAAUAUGUCCGAAAACCAUCGGCUUUAAUGGCUCUAAGAAAAUGUAACGAAGGCUGCUAUUUCCUCACUGCAUCAUUGAGACCGGUUGUCGUUGAAUCACUCGAACAGCAAGACGACAUUGACGGUUACCCAGACAAAAAUAUUCAGCGCAAGAAUCCCGAAUUUUUCAAGGCCCGUGAAAUUGGACCACGCUUUGCUCAGCAAGGUAGCUUUGAACAUGAGUACGGUACCAGGUGGAAACAAUUGCACGAGUUGUACAAACAAAAGGAGAAAGCUCUAAAACGCGAAAUGGCCAUGGAAGAAGAGAAGCUUGAGGCUCAAAUGGAAUUCGCUAGAUACGAACAUGAAACUGAGUUACUUCGAGAACAAUUGCGUCUUCGUGAGGCUGAUCGUGAACGACAAAAACGCGAAUGGGAAAUGAAAGAAAGACAAGCCCAAGAGCGCCGUUCGCGUGAGGAAGAAGUCCAGCGUCGUCAGCAAGAAGAAAUGGCGAUGCGCAUUCGUCGGCAAGAAGAAGAAUUACAUAGACGUCAGCAAGAAAAUAAUCUCUUUAUGCAGGAACAAGCCAUGCGUGGAGGUGGUGGUGGUGGUGGUGGCGGCGGCGGUGGUGGUGGUGGUGGAAAAAACUAUGACACCGCUGGUGCUAACGACCGUGAUCCCUACAAUGGACCCGAUGGAGGAAACAAUAUGCCAGUGGAUCCUAAAUCGUUCAUGGACGCGUAUAAUAAUAUGGAUCGCACGAAUCACGGUAGCGGGGGUUACGAUGAUCGUGGACCAAUAAUGGAUCUUAUGGAUAUGCGGGUUGAUAUGAACAACAUGGGUGGCGGUGUUGGUGGUAAUAAUCGUGGUAAUAACGGCGUCGGCGGUGGUCGUUGGCAAGGUGGUGGCAAUGACCGUAAUCGCCAGGAAGAUUUUCCAAAUAAGCGUCGACGUUAUUAGAAAACAAACAUCACUAUAAUUAUUAAAUAAUUAGAUAAAUAAUAACUGACUAAUCAGCAAUAACUUUGAAAAAAUGUCAAGCGAAAUAUGAAAAAGGAAAAAUUCUGUUUGAAUUUAUAUUAAUUUUCAGUAUUACCUAUCUGUGUGUUAGAACAAUUUAAAAUUGAUAAUUUUUAUUAUCAUGACUGCAUUAUUACUAUCAUCAUCAUAUUGUGUUUUUUUUUUGUUUUUCAAUUAGACUUAUUGAAAAAUUUAAUUUAAUUUAUGCUAGCCCGCUAUUUCCUCACGUAAUUAUCAGUCUUGAUUCGUUUAAAUUUUAAUGAGGAAAUUUUAUCCAGUAUAUAAUUUAGGGACUCAUUGAUUUAAAUUUUACACUAUUUGUUUGACUUAGUCAUUCAUUUUUACUAACAAAUAUUAAUUAAAUUACUAACAAUAUUAUUUAGAUUGUCUUUAUAGUUAAGUCUUAAUUUAUUCAUUCGAUAAUGAGUAAUUAAUAGUGCAUGAGCACGUUUAUUAAUUCUUCCGUGGAACGUGUUUCCAAUAAUAUCUACUUAAAAACAAAAAAAAAAAUUAAAAAAAUAAAUACAGUUAUAAUUAAAGGGAUUACUUUGAUAUAUGCUAAAGAAAAUAUAAUUAAUUGUGAAGAUUCCUGGGUUGUAAUAGGAAUGCAAGCAUAUUUUUUUUUUGUAUUUAAUCCUUUUAAUUAUAUAGUAAUUAAUAAAAUUUAUAUCAAGUAAUUAUCGUUUAAAUUUCAAUCAAUUGCUGUUGAGAUAAUUAGAUAAAUGUUUGUUUGAUAGCUAGUCAACUUAUCUAUAAAAAAUAAAUUAUUAAAUUGACAAUAUUAUUACUCAAUAAACUUAAUUCCAUGUAGAUGUUUUUUGAAGCUCAGAGAAAGGGUUUGAUUUUUUUUGUGUCGAUAUUUAUUUAGGGUGUAAAAUAAUUCUUUAUGGUGGUUUAAAAGAAAGUUUAUUUGACAUUCAUCAAAUUAUCUUGAUUCUGAAUUGAUUGAACAAUUUAAUUAAUAUUAUUAUUAUUACUGUCUUGAAAAAUUAGUACUAAUUAAUCGAAUAAAAAUAUUUAAUAAUUUUAUUAUCGUGUAAACUCUGGAUAAUAAAAUUUUUUCAUGGUUAGUCUGUAAGUAUCUAAAAAAUCGUGACACACGAUUGUUAAAAAUUGAAAUCAUAUUUUUUUCAUCAUAAUUUUGAUUGGAAAACUUUCUUAAAAUUAUCUGCACUACUUAUUAAUACAUGAACUAUACAUUAUGUAUAUUUACAUGUAAAUUUUUAUGAAAAUAAUAUGAUUUAAAAAAUAAUAGAUGAUAAUUACAGUACUGAUAGCGAUAUAACUAAAUAGUUAGUAUCUUAUUCAAUUAUUUUUAAUUUCCUUGUCUUCACACUAGAUGUGAAUUUGUCUCACGCUAAUUAUUAUUAACUUGCUUGAAACAAUUUAUCAAUAAAAUUUAAAAAGCAAAUGAAUAUAAAAAAAUUUUUUUUCUAUCAAUAUACUCAUGAUUUUAUUAGAUCUCUUGAUAAACAGUCUUCAAUUCUUGUAAUUGACUUUGAAAAAAAAUAUCACAACUUAGCUUUGGAAAAAGAGACAUUCAGAUAUUACAGUAUCUUCUACAAUAUCAAUUUUGAGAAUUUUAUUACAACAUUCUUUAACGGCGGAUGGAACAGCAAUCACAAGAUUAUCUUUCUUUCUUGAAUCCACUAGUCAAUGAAUUCCACUAGUCCACUAUGAGGUCACAGCUAUAGCAGUUUAUUGAGACAUGGAAUUUAUUUAACAUACCAGAUGUUUUGUGUCAAGAUCAAUAUUUUACUGUCAGCGCUUCAAAUCCACUGAAUUCAUAAUUUCAUCAAUAACGACAACGAGGUAGAUAGUGACGUUACAGAGAAAAAUCAGAGCUUCAACAAUGAAGUAGGAACUUUUAGAUAUUUUUGUUUGCUUGAGGCCAAUAAAAAUAAAAAUGGAUGAGCGGAUUUACUUUGAAGGCACAGAGUUGCUCUCAAUUAAAAGAAGAGAUAUUCGACAGCUGAGGAGGAAUCAUCGGCUGUUUCAUUGAAUUUUUUCGAGUUUCAAGUUCGAGGAUCAACAUUCAAUUAUUCAAUUUCCACUGAAGAUGCAUUGAUUCAACUUUUUGAACGAAUUCAAAGCCAAUUAUUCAGUCUCAAGUGUAAUUUCACUGAAAGACGAACUCGACGAAUUCAAAGGAACAUUAGAAGAUGAAUAAUAAAUAAAAGUAUUAUCAAAUAACAUAAUGUAUAAUAUAUUAAGUUAUAAAUGAAAUACAGAAUAAAUAUAAACGAAUAAUAUCAAA